UGUGCUUGUACUUAUCUAUGGUCUUAUUUGACGUAUGUGGUUUACAAGUAUUUUUUGUAAAAAUAAUUUCAUUUUAAUAUCAUUGACCAGAAUAUUACAAUGAAAAACGGAUAUUGAAAGCUGAAUUUGAAAACUAAAUAAAUACUUAUGUUAACACCACUGACAAAUCGUUGAAAAGCCUUAAAUUUGUGUGACUAAUCAAAAAAAUAUUUGUAGUGAUUCUCAAGAUAAUCAACAACAUAAAGUUUCAAACAUGCAUCUCGGAGUGAAUAUAUCAAAUGCUUUACAACAAUUAGAAAGUGUAAAAGCAGCUGUAGAUCAAAGUGAUGAUCCCAAGUUGAAGGCUGCCACCAACGAUGACUUGAAUAUGCUAAUAAACUUGUUGGAAAGUCCUAUACUGAAGAGUAUAGCGACACUUCAUGACUCAGUAGGAAUGCUUGCAACCCAGGUUGCUCAUCAUCCAUCUAUAAUUCCUGGGGACUUUGAUAUCACUCCAGCAGGUGAUCUUGCUCUGCAAGCAAGAAACUUGUAUGGAAGUCAUGAGGGGGAGGAGGAGCAGCGUGUUCCCCAAGUUUCGCCACCACAUAGUCUUGAAUUUGGUUCUGGUUCUGAUAAUGAGCGCAUUCUAGGGUUGGACAGCGGAUCUGUAGACUCAAACAUGUCUCCCAAACAGAAUCGUGGUCUGUUGGACUUGUCAAGAACUGAUGAGUCUCUCGGCUCUAUGUCUCACAGUAUUGUUGGCAGUGACUGGGCACAGGUUGAAAUCAUUAAUUUAGUUAAUGAUGGCACUGGAUUAGGAUUUGGUAUCAUUGGUGCAAGGACGAGUGGCGUGAUUGUCAAGACAAUUUUGGCGGGAGGUGUCGCCGAUAGAGAUGGCCGUCUGAAGUCUGGAGACCAUAUCUUGCAAAUAGGAGAUGCUCACUUAAUGGAGAUGGGUUCGGAACAAGUGGCGGGAGUGUUGCGUGCGUCUGGUUCCCGGGUGCGCCUGGUAGUGGCGCGCGCCGCGGACCCGGCCGCGCCGCCGCUGCACUCUCACGCCGCGCAUCCCGGACACUCCGCGCCACUCGUACCCGCCAGACUCCUGUCAGACCCUGAAGCUCUGGAUCGCUACUUACUAGACGCGGGCUUCGAACAAGUGUUCCACACGCAACCUACACCAGUCCCACACAACAAUGCCUCCAGAUUCGUAUUCGACAGAUCCAUCACACCACCUCCUGAUGCAGAUGCGGAGUCUCCAGAAGUCGAUAGAUUCACAGUGCAGCUGAAGAAAGACGAAAAUGGACUUGGAAUUACUAUUGCAGGCUAUGUAUGUGAAAAAGAGGAACUUUCUGGUAUAUUCGUAAAGUCGGUAACGCCGGGUAGCGCGGCGGCUUUGAGUGGCAAAGUGCGCGUCAACGAUCGCAUCGUAGCCGUCGACGGCGUCUCUCUCGCGGGCAAGUCUAAUCAGCGAGCCGUAGAUGCGCUGAAACAGAGUGGCAACAUUGUUACACUGGAAUUGGAAAGAUACCUCCGUGGCCCUAAGUUCGAGCAGUUACAGCAGGCUAUAGCGGCCGGGGAGAGCGCGGCCAGUACCGCGACGCCACACAACCCAUUCCUACACAUGCACCGCCCUGACACGCUGCCGUCGCCAGAGCAUGACAUACCCAUGGCGCAGCUACAUAACUCUGUGUCAGUGGAGAGUGCGCCCGAGGAGGCCCCAGUAGUGACGGCUACGACCCGCGCGCAGCCUGCCUUCGAGAUGCCACGCACACAGGAACAGAAGGACGCCAUCAAGAGGAAGUGGCAGGCUAUUCUCGGCGACGAGGUAGAGAUCGUGGUGGGCGUGGUGGUCCGCGGCGGCGGCGGGCUGGGCAUCUCGCUGGAGGGCACCGUGGACGUGGAGGGGGGCCGCGAGGUGCGCCCGCACCACUACGUGCGCUCCGUGCUGCCCGAGGGACCCGUCGGCCGCGCCGGCGUGCACCGCCCCGGGGAUGAACUGCUCGAGGUGAACGGUCACCGGCUGCUGGGCAUGAACCACCUGGAGGUGGUGUCGAUCCUGAAGGAGUUGUCGAGCGAGGUGUGCAUGGUGUGCGCGCGCCCCCGCCCCGCGCCCCCGCUAGACCUCGCGCCCCCCGCGCCCACACUCGUCAAGGCCAAAUCAGAUGGAAGUCUGGCAGGUGCAGGAGCUGAAGAGGGAGGAUCCCUGUCCGCCGGUGGAAAAGUACGCUCGCGUAGUUUGGAACCCCUAACUGGUCUCGCUAUGUGGUCUUCUGAACCACAAAUCAUAGAGUUGGUGAAAGGUGAGCGUGGUUUGGGAUUCUCGAUCCUGGAUUACCAGGACCCGCUCCGACCGUCCCAUACACUGGUGGUGAUCCGUUCCCUAGUGCCGGGCGGAGUGGCGCAGCAAGAUGGCCGCCUCAUACCCGGAGACAGACUGCUCUUUGUCAAUGAUCAGAACUUGGAAGACGCGAGCUUAGAACAAGCAGUGGCAGCAUUGAAGGGCGCCCCGCGUGGAGUAGUCCGCAUCGGCGUGGCCAAACCACUGCCACUCGCCGACGCACCACCCCCGCUACCACACACUGCGCCGCCCACACAACCCUAAACUUUAAACGUACCACAUUUCAAACAAGAGGCAAAAACAGGACUCAAAAUUAAGCGGUAAGAAUAUUCCUUGAUCUUCCUAAAAGAAAAAUUUUGGUAUAAAUUAUAUCAGCCAAAUGGCUAUGUGACAACAUCAACAAUAUGUGAUAGUCCACUAUUGGACUAUGACGAGUCUCCACUACUAUAAAAGGGUUCGGUAUAAUCUAUAUACAUGGCAUGGUAAAUGGCAUUCACACGAAUAAUUGAUAAAUAUGUCAAACCCAUACCUUUUAUAUAUAACGUUUACGCUGUUAGAGCGAGACAAUUAUAUGUUAUGUGUUUAUUCUUUCUAACGUCAUUUUAUUGAUUCUAUCUUUUUCUUAACGCUUUCUUUUGAAGUUGCCAGUGUUUUGCCCAAAGUAUUAUUGCUCAUUGAAACUCUUUAUUUAGUUACAUUACGGUAGCUAGAGUAAACAGUAUAUCGUCAUAUCAAUUAUAUUAAUUCAUUUACACCGUAUUAUUGUAUUAUUAAUGGGAUAUUUUACUGCGAUUUAUUAUUAUUAUUAAGUUUUAAAUAUUCACUUAACUAACAUUAUAUCUUUGUGUGUUUGACUAGUUGUUAGAGUUUAAGUAUUUUAAAUUUUAUCGAUUUUAUUAGUUUAGUUAUAGAUAAAAUAUACUUAAAAUCAUUGAACAAUGUACUUAUUUAGCUAGUGUUAUAAUGAAUCUUCGUUUUUCAAGCUUUUGACUAGACUAUAAUAAAAAUAAACUGCCAUUAUAAAUCAUUCCCAACUUAAUUAUCACUAGGAAUUGAGAUUUUAAAUUUUAUUUCACAAAUCUUGACUUCAAUGAAAUUGUGACAAUAUUUUAAUAUAGUGAGCUUCUAAUUUCAUAAUAUUUCUAAAUAAAUAAAUGUAGUAGUGACACUAGAACCACGUGUGACUAAUCAAUGCCAAUAAGAGACUUUUAAAGCGAAAUAACGUUAUAAAGAAAAAUAUACCAUAUUGUUUUGCACAGAAAGUUCAUUUUGACUUGAACUGACGUUAUUUUGGGCUAUAAGAAAGGUCAUUAAACUUCACAUGAAAUGUAAUAUUUAAUAUGUUGCUUGAUUAUAAUUAUUUGCCUUAAAAUACAUAAAAUGUGAUCCAAAAUGCUUAUUUUAUAGGAAAUAUUAGAUAAAAAAUAUAUAGAUAAAUGAAUCUAAACAUUCUGUGAUGCAUUCCGAAAUAUUACAUGGACCUAUGUACUUACACUUACUUGUCCAAUAUAGAAAAUAUUUAGUCAAUUUAUUAGGAAUUAUUUUUAAGGACAUUUUAUUAUUAUUUACAAUAUUCGUGUAUUGUAUCCAUUAAGCAAGUACAAAGAGGAUAUGCAAUAAUGUGAUUGUGCACUGUAAUAUAAAAAAUCAGCCCUGCCCAAUGAUAUAUAAGUAGGAAGGUGUCAGAUUAUUAGUCGCUCAGAAAGUGGCCCAUUAAAAUGUGGACAAUUCGCAACGUAUUUGUAGCAUGGGACCGGUAGAUGGAAAAUAGAGAGGGGCGUGUUUUGUUACGUCUCGCUAUUCCCGUAAAGUGUCACGCAUUAUGCUAAAGGGAAAUCCAGUCAACAUAUCCUCUUUGUCUUUGCUUCUUGAUUAAAUCAAUGGGAGUCUUGCAGCCAUUUGCAGCUCUUUACUAAUCUAUGAAUUAUUUUAAGUUUGAACUAGUUAAAUGUGACUAAAAUAUCUUAUUUCCCUUUGUGUUACUUAGUAAAUUACUCCGUCUCUCAGUAUAAGCUUCUUCAUAAUUGUGGCAAAGGAUGCGAGAUCGUUUUGCAGUUUACCUAAAUAUCGAUAUAUUCGUAAUAGAAAUAGCAGUUUAUAUUCUGAAUCUGAAGUGUUUCGCUAUAACAGUAUAGCUAAUAUCGGUAUUUAGGUAAGCGCAAACGCUCCCACAAAAGUGUCAUGGCGGAACAUACACGUUAAUUUAAUAAAUACUAUUUGUGUGACAUUAAAAUUUUAUUCAAUACUGACUUUAUUAAGGACUUUAAAAUCAAUAUUGCUAUUAAUCUUACAGUUAUUUUAUGUACAUUCUGCCAUGAUCCUUUAAUUAAAAGUAUUAAUAUGACAUUAUCUUUUCGAUUUAAGUAUUAUAAAAUUAUUAUCUACCUGAAUUUUUAUUCAAUUGUAGUUAAUCGUUGUCUUGUUAUUACUUUCUUUACACAUUAUAUUGUCCAUUCCAAUAAAUGUAUAUAAUAAUUA